GUCGAAAAUCCCGUAACCAAGUGUUUUGUAUACCAUAUUUACUAACGACAAUAUAUUUGUGAAACCGAAUUUCAUAAAAGAAUAUGUAAUAAAGUACAAAGUGCUAUGAAUCUUUGAACAGAUUUCAAAAUCACUCUUUUUUGGACAUAGCCAGUCUUGUAACCUCAAACUGCUGUCAUUGAAAAUAAGGUCAUACCAGCAGAAGUCUGUGGGUCAUACCAUCAGCUGAUAGUUUGUAAAUGAUCGUCACUUCCGUAUCAACAACUAUGGCGGAUGAUUUUAAAAUCGAGUAACAUUCUCUUCAAACGCUACAUUCCUAGUCGCGUAUUUCUUACUGCUGUUAAGCUGCGUCAUGGCUGAGCAGGCAAGACUUUUAGUAGUAAUUUCCAUUUUAGAAGGUCGAGGAUUUCCAAAACGUCCACAGCACAGGAUAUAUGCUGAAGCAAGAUUCGAUGGGGAGCUUCUCAGCACUGAUCCAGUAGACCAUGUUGAGAUGCCAGAUUUUACACAGGAACUUGCCUGGGAGAUCGAUAAGAAAGCACUGCAGCAACAUCGACUACAGAGGACUUCAAUCAAGAUUCAAUGUUUUGCCAUUGAUACUAAAAGCAGCUUAAAAGAACCUAUUGGUUAUGUUAUUCUAGACUUACGCUCUGCAGUCCAGAACAAACAGGCUGCAAAGUGGUUUCCAUUACUUCACUGCAAAUAUGGAAAAGCAAAGCCAGAAAUUCGCCUGGCUCUUUAUUUAGAUGAUGACAAAGAUGCACAGAAUGACAGACCAGUUAAAGAAAUUCCUGAAAAAUCACAAGCCAAGAUCAAUUUGAACUUGAAAUCUCUGGUGCCUGUGCUUAAUGAAGAGGAGGGAUUCUAUCAACUGGGGCCAGCAGGAACAUGCUCUGAACAAUUUGUGCUGUCUGUAACCAUAGCCUAUGCUACUAACCUGACUCAGCUGGUGCCAAGCAAUACAGGUCUGCCUGCUGCAGCACAAGGUUUCUUCUUCUACUAUUCUUUGCUGGGAAAUGAUGUGACAAAUGAGAUAUUUAGCAACCUCCUCAAUCCCUCUUUUCCUGCAGAAAGAGCCUCUGUUCGAGUGCGGAGCAGUGUUGAAGCUUUGCGCAUCUUCUUCUCUCAUCAACCAGGUCUACAGAUUCAUCUGUGUUGUGGGGACCAAUCUUUAGGCAGCUGUGAAGUACCUCUCACCUCACUGCUGAAGAAAGACAGUACAGAAAUCUACAUGAAACCUGUCAGUGUUGAGGGAGAGUUUCAGUUAGUUCCUCCCAACAAGGUAAAACAACAGCUGCCUGUUCUGCCUAAUGCCUUGCUGCCAAUGGUUGGUGUGUCAGUUGUCCUUAGAAAAGAGGAUAUGGCAUCUGUGACCCCAAUCAAAGAUCAUGCCAACAGUGCAGCAUUACCUGUGGCAGGCGGACACUUCACUGGGAUUACAUCUUCUCCAAAAAAUAUACAGUCACCAAACGAGCAUCAUGGGCCAGCAGGACCAAAUCAUGCCAACAAAAAGGGGAACAAACCUCAAAAGACUGAAUCAAAACAAAAAACAGGGGAUGGAGGUGAAGGUGAACAGUAUUCUGAAACAUUUGAAGACACUGACACUCAAGAUUCUACCACCUCAAAGGAAAAAGCACAAGGCCAGCAAACCAAAGGAGCUCCACAGAGAGAGACUGUGUCAUCUGAAAAGAUAACAGAUGAAGGAAAAACUGAAAGUGUCAGCACAACAGAGGUUCACCUUGCACUUCAACCACAAGCACAUCAUUUCACGUUCUCUCUUGACCUUCGCAGCAUUCGUGGAAUCACUACUUCCAACACUCUCUCUGUUUUUCUUAGAUACACCUACCCAUUUUUUGGAAGUGCAGCUCCCGUUUUGACUCACCCACCUGUAGAGAUCCGCAAAGGGUCAGAGGUUCUGCUUCCUCAGUCUUUUUGUGCAUUUGACUUUGCCUGUACAGUGCAACAACUGCAAGAAACAUUCCUGAGAGUUCCUCUUCUGGUUGAGGUGUGGCAUCGUGACCAUCAGCUUUCAACAAAUGUAUUGCUGGGAUCAGCACAUCUACCACUAGGACAGAUUGUCGUAGCUGACAAAAUACGGAUCAUGGGCCAAAACAAUCUGACAGGGUGGCGACAAGAGUUUGCAGAUAGAAUUCCUGUGAUGUCUGCUGAUGGACAGUCUCUCCAGCGUGCUGAGAUCAGUGUUGUGAUGAGUCUUGAAGACUGGGGGCCACUUGCUCCAAGUGUUGUUGAUGGCUCCACUCAGCCAAAAUCUGCUCAGAUCCCAACAACACCUCAAUUACCAGAAACUACCAGUGCUCGACACACAGCUGAAUACCAGGCAGCCCUGGAACUCGAAAUGUGGAAAGAGGAACAGGAAAAAAUAUUUGAUAAAGAACUGAAACAGAAAGAAAUUAUGUACAUGAAAGUCUUGGCAGAUGAAUGGAAGAAGAGGGACAAAGAACGCGAAGUCCUGAUGCAGAAAAAGUUGACAGAGUAUACACAGUGGGAAAACCAACUGAAGAAAACACUUGCAGACUUGGAAAAGCGAGAGAAACAGCUGGCAGCCAGUGAACAGGAGGUUUUGCGGCUACGCGCUGAGCUGCAGCGUGAGCAUGACCGCAGGCUUCAGGAGAUGAAGGAAGCAAGCCGUCGCAUGAAGGAUGACUGUGACCAUCAGGUGGAGCUGGAUCGCAUGAAAGUGAAGGAACUGGAAGACAUUAUAGCGAGGUACAAGGGAGAGCUUCAGGAAGCAGACAGGAAAUAUCACGCACUAGAGAAAGAGUUUUCCACAUUUCGUGAGCAGCUUAACACAAAACCAGAAGUCCGUCUGCAGUCAGAAAUCAACCUUCUCACUCUUGAAAAGGUUGAGCUAGACAGGAAGCUGGAUUCUGCUUUACAGUCCAAAAACCAUUAUAAGCAACAGUGGGGUAAGGCUCUCAAGGAGUUGGCUCGUAUGAAGCAUCAAGAACAAGAAAUGGCUAAGGCAACAUUACGACAGCAGCAGCAAGAGUUAGAACAGAUGCGCUUGCAAUAUUUAGCUAAAGAAGAAAAAGAUUUCACUCGCAGUGACAACCAACAACUAGAAGAAAUCAAGAACGAGUUAAACAGACUAAAGAAGCUGGAGGAAGAGAAAAUGAAGCAGACAUCUGAUGCUGAUAUUGGAGAUUCCAACAGAGAUGGCACAUCCAUUUUAGACAGGUCUAUUGAUGAACACAUUUCUCGGCUUGUUGAAGAAAGAGACACUCUGUUAAGAACGGGUGUGUAUACUACACAAGACAAAAUCAUAAUGGAACUUGAUCGACAAAUUCGAGAAGCUAUUGUUCAAAGAAACAGAUGAUGGUAAUAUGCAUCUUCAGCAAAGUGAAGCAGUAAUUAAAUUACUUUUAUAGACUCUCAAGACUCAAUUUCUGUAAACUUAAGUCUCAGAGAAAAGAAAUACGGUAAAACCAAAAUCAUAUUGUAACUGAGAGAGAUAUUAGUAGGGAAAUUGACCAGUUUGCUUUCUUUGUAUGAACCGUGACUUCAGACCCCUAUAAAUACAUGCUCAUUUAAUAAAAUGUUGAAAUUAAAGCUCAUAAAACCAUGUAGUACAUUUCAUUUUUUUAUUUUCACUUUCACAUGGUCAUGCUCAGAUUUCACCAUUUUUCAAUUUGGAUGAAGAUUUAUAAGGGAACUAACUCUCCACAGUACCUUGAUAGGCACAGAUGAUCUCUUAUAAUGCACUUCUUU